UUAUAUAGUUUAUUUACAUAGUAAUCGACGUCCUAAAAGAUCAAGUAGAUAAUAAUACCCUGAGGAUAUGGAGCGUAAGGAUGUGAAAAUUGGAUUAGUGUUGCUUUUGUUGGUCGUGUUUGAUUCAGGGAUGGCGACGAUAGGAGAAGCGAGGUUGUGCGAGUCGCAGAGCCAUCGGUUCAAGGGGACAUGCCUGAACGACGAUAACUGCGCGGUCGUGUGUCAACACGAGGGCUUCUCCGGUGGCAGGUGCAGGGGAUUCUGGCGCAAGUGCUACUGCACCAAGCAGUGUAUAUAGAGAGAGAGAGAGAGUGUGUGUGUGUGUGUGCAGCUACUAUACUCUUCUGAGUAUAGUAGCUGCACUGCUCAUAAGUUUUCCUUCAUUAGAUCUGUAUUUAGAUUCAUGCCAGAUCUGACGAAGGAGAAAGGUAACGGAUGGCUCCGUUAGAGCCAUUUCAUAAGAGUAUAAUAGCUACACUAUAUAUAUCUAUAUGUGUGUGUGUGCGCGCGCGCGCGUGUUACCAUGUAUGUUUUGCUUAAUUAGACUUGUACUUAUACUA